AUGGCCAGCAUUCAUCCUCCCACGACUAUCGACGAGUUUACUCGCAUCUGGACUGCCAACGUCCACUGGCGGCUGUAUGAGCAGUGUGGCGUCUGGGAUCCACAGACAAGGGGCGUCCAGGUCUGGGUGUGCAUACGCGAACACCACUCGACGCAGGGAACAGAGCCGCCCAACACAUCCUUCUGGCAAUACCUCGGUCGGGGCUAG